CCCCGGCCUGCAGCCGCCGGCUCCAUCCGUUUCCCAUCUCUCCAGGAUGAGAGAGGUUUGGCUUCGGCUUUUCCCUUCUCCCCGUAGUUGAUAGUUUUGGAACCAGAGGUGAUGCUGGAGUCGAGAUGGCAGACAGUGUGAAAACCUUCCUUCAUGACCUCGUUAGGGGAAUCAAGGACUCCAUCUGGGGCAUCUGCACCAUCUCCAAGCUGGACGCCCGGAUCCAGCAGAAGAGGGAAGAGCAGAGGCGACGGAGAGCAAACAGCGCGCUUGCCCAGAGGAGGUUUCACAUGGAAGAGAAGAAGCAAGAGAAUGAACCCCGGAUAGUGAGCCGGAUAUUUCAGUGUUGUGCCUGGAACGGAGGUGUAUUCUGGCUUAGUCUCUUCUUGUUUUACCGGGUAUUUAUACCUGUUCUUCAGUCAGUCACGGCACAGAUCAUUGGUGACCCUUCCUUACACGGCGAUGUCUGGUCUUGGCUGGAGUUCAUCCUCACCUCCAUUUUCAGCGCCCUCUGGGUCCUCCCCCUCUUCGUGCUCAGUAAGGUUGUCAAUGCCAUCUGGUUUCAGGACAUUGCAGACCUAGCAUUUGAAGUUUCCGGCAGGAAGCCUCAUCCCUUUCCCAGUGUCAGUAAAAUCAUCGCCGACAUGUUGUUUAACCUCUUGUUGCAGGCACUGUUCCUCAUCCAGGGGAUGAUAGUGAGCCUCUUCCCCAUUGAUAUCAUUGGCCAGCUCAUCAGCCUCCUCCACAUGUCGCUGCUCUAUUCACUCUACUGCUUCGAGUACCGCUGGUUUAACAAAGGUAUCGAAAUGCACCAACGGUUAUCCAACAUCGAGAGAAACUGGCCCUAUUACUUCGGCUUCGGCUUACCGCUGGCUUUUCUGACGGCGAUGCAAUCCUCUUACAUCAUCAGCGGUUGCCUCUUUUCCAUCCUUUUCCCUCUCUUCAUCAUCAGCGCCAAUGAAGCGAGAACCCCCGGCAAAACCUACCACUUCCAGCUCCGGCUCUUCUCCUUGGUGGUUUUCCUCAGCAACAGACUCUUUCACAAGACCGUUUACCUUCAGUCUGCCCUGAGCGGUGCUUCCUCCUCCGAUCGUCUCCUCUCCCCCCAGCCCUCUCCCGCCAAACACACGGCUGCUCCGGGGCACUGAGCCGCCCCCAAACCCCGGGGAGAAGGGGGGGACACACACAACAGGGACCUCUCCUAUGCCCCUGAAAGUGCCUCCAGUCUCCCCAGGGAGGGGCAGGACUCAGCCCACCCAGGUGUUGGUGUCGGUUCUUGAUAGAAAUUUUUGGGGGGAGGGGGGAAAUCUGGGUUUUUAACACCUUUGUGAGUUUCAGAGCCGGCUGGUGCCCUGCGCUUGUUUUAUAGCAGACUCUUUUGUACGCUCUUCCCGUGCCAUUUUUGGGGAGUUCCUGCUGCAGUCAAGCACAGUAUUCCCCCACCACCACCCCCUGUGCAUGUACCGUUUCUGUAGGGUCGGGGAAGGAACUGGUGAUGUACAAGAACCCUGUGGUUUUUUGGGGCCGGUUUAUCGACUUUUCUCUAGUAUUUUCACACUGAAACAUUAAAUGGAGAAAUCACGA